CUCAAUGUGGCUCUGUGUUACUUGUAUGUAGGCUAUGUACCUUGCAUCGUCUGGUAGAUGAGAGUCUAAAUUAUUAUUUUAUAGGUUACAAUACAUUUCUUUCCUAGCCUACCCAAUCUCCUUUCAUACAGAAGUUGGCUUCUGUUGGUAGCUGGUUUGGGUUUUUUGAAAGGGUCCAGUGUUCAACAAAUUCGCUGAGAAAUAAAUAAUUAUGGCUAACUGUCUUAAUUAAACAAGCAUACCGGCAUGUGUGUGACAAGAAGGGCCUGACUAACACUAAAUAAGCGCUACUCUGGCAAACAGGACGGCUCUCUGGAUUAAGAAACCUAACUACCGAGAAACAUCCAGCGGCGGUUAAGGAGAGCCGCUGAAAGGACUCACCGAAAGGAUUCAAUCUGGGUCUCCGGCAUUUCAGAACGACUUCCGAAUGACUGCACUGUAGUGUCUGAGUGGAAAAUAGACUUUCUGGGCAAAGUACGUUGGUGGUGUUGACCUCGGCGUAUAGUGAUAACGAACAGGCAGUGACUACCGACGGGGUGCGGGUCAUGAUGGAGAGUGCUCUGACAGCCAGGGACCGGGUCGGGGUGCAGGACUUUGUCCUGCUGGAGAACUACACCAGCGAAGCGGCCUUCAUUGAGAACCUGCGCAAGAGGUUCAAGGAGAACCUCAUCUACACAUAUAUCGGGUCGGUUCUGGUGUCAGUGAACCCCUACAAGGAGCUGGAGAUCUACACCAAGCAGCACAUGGAGCGAUAUCGAGGGGUCAACUUCUACGAGGUCUCCCCCCACAUCUACGCCGUGUCUGAUAACUCGUACCGGUCGAUGCGGACGGAACGACGGGACCAGUGCAUCCUGAUUUCUGGGGAGAGCGGGGCGGGCAAGACGGAAGCCUCCAAAAAGAUCCUGCAGUACUACGCGGUCACCUGCCCCGCCAGCGAGCAGGUGCAGAUGGUCAAAGACCGGCUGCUGCAGUCCAACCCUGUCCUGGAGGCUUUUGGUAACGCAAAAACUCUGCGUAAUGACAACUCCAGCCGAUUUGGGAAAUACAUGGACAUUCAGUUUGACUUUAAGGGAGCCCCGGUAGGAGGGCACAUCCUCAACUACCUGCUGGAGAAGUCCCGCGUGGUGCACCAGAACCACGGCGAGAGGAACUUCCACAUCUUCUACCAGCUGAUCGAAGGCGGAGACGAGGACCUGCUGAGGAGACUGGGCCUGGAGAGAAACCCCCAGCAGUACCAGUACCUGGUGAAGGGUAACUGUCCCAAGGUGAGCUCCAUCAACGACCGCAAUGACUGGAAGGUGGUGAGGAAGGCCCUGACCGUCAUUGGCUUCAGCGAUGAGGAGGUGGAGGAGCUGCUGAACAUCAUUGCCAGUGUUCUUCAUAUGGGCAAUGUCCAGUUUGCAGCAGAAGAGAGCGGCAACUCUUUCAUCACCACGGAGACGCAGAUCAAAUACCUGGCGAAGCUGCUGGGUGUGGAGGGGUCAGCGCUGAAGGAAGCUCUCACACACAAAAAGAUCAUUGCCAAAGGAGAGGAGCUGAUGAGCCCACUGAACCUGGAACAAGCGGCCUGUGCUCGCGACGCCCUGGCCAAGGCUGUGUACGGACGGACCUUCACCUGGCUGGUCAACAAGAUUAACCUGUCGCUGGCCUUCAAGGAUGAAGUCUACCACACCAGUAAGAGCGCGGCAGUCAUUGGUCUCCUGGAUAUCUAUGGUUUUGAGGUCUUCCAGCACAACAGUUUCGAGCAAUUCUGCAUUAACUACUGCAACGAGAAGCUGCAGCAGCUUUUCAUUGAGCUGACGCUGAAGUCCGAGCAGGAGGAGUAUGAGUCUGAGGGCAUCACGUGGGAGCCGGUGCAAUACUUCAACAACAAGAUCAUCUGUGACCUCGUGGAAGAGAAGUUCAAAGGCAUCAUCUCCAUUCUGGACGAGGAGUGUCUGAGGCCUGGGGAUGCCAGUGACCUCACCUUCCUGGAGAAGCUGGAGAGCACUGUGGGAGGACACGCCCACUUUGUCACCCACAAGCUGGCGGACGGGAAGACCCGCAAGGUGAUGAGCAGGGAGGAGUUCCGGCUGCUGCACUACGCAGGGGAGGUCAACUACAACGUUAACGGGUUUUUGGACAAGAACAAUGACCUUCUCUUCAGGAACUUGAAAGAGGUGAUAUGCCAGUCAGAAAACAGCAUCCUCACCCAGUGCUUCGACAGAGAGGAGCUAACUGACAAGAAACGUCCUGAGACGGCUGCCACCCAGUUUAAGAACAGUCUGGCUAAGCUAAUGGAGAUCCUCAUGUCAAAGGAGCCGUCCUACAUACGGUGCAUCAAACCCAACGAUGCCAAGCAAUCAGGACGGUUUGAUGAGGUGCUGAUCCGGCACCAGGUGAAGUACCUGGGCCUGAUGGAGAACCUGCGGGUCAGGAGAGCAGGGUUUGCGUACAGGCGGCGCUACGAGGCUUUCCUGCAGAGGUACAAGCCUCUGUGCCCUGAAACCUGGCCCAACUGGCCAGGGCGGCUGGCCGACGGAGUCUCAACGCUUGUCAAACACCUGGGAUACAAGCCCGAGGAGUACAAGCUGGGCAGGUCGAAAAUAUUCAUCCGCUUCCCCAAGACUCUGUUUGCCACUGAGGAUGCGCUGGAAGUGAGGAAGCACAGCAUAGCGACCACACUGCAGGCGUGCUGGAGGGGCUACAGCCAGAAGUCCAAGUACCGCAAGCUCAGGCACUCAGCCGUCGUGAUCCAGUCCUGGUGGAGGGCCGUUCUGGCGCGCAGGAGGGCUAAGAGAAGGAGACAGGCGGCCGACACCAUCCGCAGGUUCAUCAAGGGCUUCAUCUACCGCCACCAGCCGCGCUGCCCAGAGAACGAGUACUUCCUGGACUACGUGCGGUACUCUUUCCUCAUGAACCUGAGCAGAAACCUCCCCAAAACCGUCCUGGACAAGAGCUGGCCCACACCCCCGCCCGCGCUCACCGAGGCAUCCGAACAUCUGCGCAAGCUGUGCAUGCAGAACAUGGUGUGGACCUACUGCAAGAAGAUCCAGCCUGAGUGGAAGAACCAGAUGGAGCAGAAAGUCGUCGCAAGUGAGAUAUUCAAGGACAAGAAGGACAAUUACCCCCAGAGCGUUCCCAAGCUCUUUGUGGGCACCCGACUGAACAAUGAGGAGAUCAAUGCCAAGGUUCUUCAGGUUCUGGGGAAUGACAGGGUUAAGUAUGGCGUUCCAGUGACCAAGUACGACAGGAAGGGUUACAAGGCGCGGGCCCGGCAGCUGCUUCUGACCGCCACCUUCGCCGUCAUCGUGGAGGAGGCCAAGCUCAAGCAGCGCAUCGAGUAUUCCGCGCUGAAGGGGAUCUCUGUGAGCUCGCUGAGCGACGGUCUGUUCGUCCUGCACGUGCCCUGUGAGGACAACAAGCAGAAGGGUGAUGUGGUGCUGCAGUGCGAUCACGUGAUCGAGACCCUGACAAAACUGGCUAUGAGUGCCGACAAGGUCAACAACAUUAACAUCAACCAGGGGAGUAUAAAGUUCACCAUUGGCCAGGGGAAAGAAGGGAUCAUUGACUUCACCUCUGGCUCAGAGCUGCUGGUGGCCAAGGCCAAGAAUGGACACCUGUCAGUGACUGCACCUCGGCUCAACUCAAGAUGAUGAGGAGGAGUGAACAGUUACAGCCUGCAAACAAAAAGGACCCUUCCUAAUCGGCCUUUCUUUCCACCAGUGCGAUGACGGCUGACCCGAGACUUCUGUCACGCCACCAGCUCUUUUGCCCUAGCCAAUUAGAUUCCACCUCUAGUCACGCCAAAUGUCCAUGCUCUCAAAGUAGUAUUUACAUUUAUAUUCAUAAUAACUGCAAUUAUUAUUCUGCUGUUACAAUUCCAGCUUCGAGUUCACCAAAAAGUUGGCACAUUUGUUUUUUUUUUUCCCCCCAGCACCUUCUCAGACUGACCUGAGACUGUUGCAUUUCAGUGUGGGGGACGGAUGCAAGAGAGUUUUCUAUUGCUUUCUCUCCUCCAGUCUCUCCUUGUCAAUCUUCUCUGCAGUGUGACUUUCUUUAUAUAUUAUUUUAAGUUAAUGGGAAAGUAAAAUUACCAAAAACAUUACCAAAAGGGAGCCACAAGUUGGAUUUUUGUAAAACAGGAACUUGGAAUACCCACCACCAAAGCUGUUUUACAAUACUGCGAUUCCAAGGUGCUCACUGUACUGCAGUUAAAAAUUUUGACUAAUUAUUGGAAUGCAGAAGGAGAGAGAGAGAGAGAGAGAGAGAGAUGGGGGAGAGAGAGAGGGAGAGAGAGG